CAAGAACGUCAUUGAUUAUCUUGCUUAUUUAGAUUAUCAUUUCCUGUUUAGAGUUUAGACAGUAAGAAUGUUUCUGAAUAUGAUUCCAAUGCAGGCUUUUGUGAGUGAGUACGCUGUUUGGAGAAGUGAUGCAGGUAGAGGAAGUCUUCUUGCUUCAUUGGCAGAAGCUGCUUUCCUUACUGGGUUGGAGAAUAAUAGUGACAUUGUUCAGAUGGCAAGUUACGCUCCACUGUUCGUGAACGACAAUGAUCAAAUCUGGAACCCAGAUGCUAUCGUCUUUAACUCAUGGCAACAUUACGGAACUCCUAGUUACUGGAUGCAGACACUUUUCCGUGAGUCCAGUGGUGCUAUGAUUCAUCCAAGCAAAAUCAGUUCCAGCUACUCUGAAAGAUGGAUGACGCGUUCAGCAAUGGCAGCUGGUUCUGAUAUUCUGAAUGUUCCUUCUGACUGCAUUUGA